CGAAGCUCGAUUUUGAAAAGUUUGCAAAGAGGAGGGGAAAAAAAUGUUUUGGUCCGAGCCCGACGAGGAGGAGGAGGCGCUUCUUUGCAGCCCGGCUCUAAUGGCCAGGAGGGCGUCCGAGUCCUGGAUCGUCGCGCCCCCUGUCGAGGCGAUGCCGGUCGCAGCAAUGACCCUUCAACGAAAAAAGUCACUGCCGGAUGUGGCCCAGGGUAUUCAAUUAACAGCAACAGCACCGUUAUCAAGGGAAGAAGUUAGUGUUCUAAGUAGUAUGAGGAGAGAAGAAAUCCGUAGGCAGAUCGACGAGAGAGAAAGGCUCAGGGCCAAUCCUCUUCUCUACCUGGUCAGUCCUCAGGUCAAAGACUGGUUCUCCCGGCAACAGCUGGUAAUGCUGGUGCUCUUCAUCAACAUAUCCUUAGCCCUGAUGUUCUUCAAGUUGCUGACGUAGCAGCCAGCCAAUGAUCGGGUUCACGGACUCGUGGUAGACGUGACCUGAGACCUCAGGGUGUCUCGAGACGCUCUGGGUCGUCAAACGUGGCAUAAAUUUCUCGAGAGAAAGGAAAUAUCAAGAAAGGAUGGUAAGGUACGAUGCCACACACCUGACCGUUGAAAACGGCUUUUUCGAACGACCGAGAAAGAGAGACAAAAAGAGAGAAAGGGAGAGAGAGAGAGAAGAAGAAGAGAAAGGUUGAAGGGUACGAGGAAGGAGAAUCCCACGUCCGUGUCCUUGAGGAGGAACGAUUUCGAGAAAGAGUUUCGUCGUGGGACCUGCUUUAGACGAAGAAAGAAAGGAAAAACAAAAAAAAAUUAAUAAAAACAAAAUAUUAAUGGAUGAUUUUGCGGUGUAUAAGAUUGUCGUCUAGUUGGUUAAAAAAGAAAAAAAAAAGAAAAAAAGGGAAAAAAAAUUUUACAGAAACGAGAUUAAAUAACGAUAAGAGAAACAAAUUCCGGGAUUAUUAUUUUUAAACCCGGUGGAAAUUUUGAAGACGAGGUCCAGAUUUCAAGCGAAAGAUUGAUUAAAUACAUAUAUACAUAUAUAUAUAUAUGUAUGUAUGUACAUAUGUAUGUAUAUAAAGAAAAAAAGGAUGAAAGGAGAAAUAAUAGAGAGAGAAAAAAGUAUAUUAUAAUUUAUCAGGCGCGCAUCACAACUAAAAGGAAAUAAUCGAUUUGAUUUAGAAAAUGGGUCGUCGACGACCCGGCGCCCCUUUAUCAUACCUAUUUUUACACCGAUAUUUUAAUAAGACUACUACUACAAUUACUUAAUAUUUACUACAACUACUACUUCUAAUUGUAAGAGUAGCUCGAGUCUUGUUUAUAGUUAAGCCGAAUUAAAGCGGCCGAACCAUUAUGCGCACACGAAUUCCUCCUUCAUUAGUUAAUUAUUAUAUAUACAUCGUCGUUUUUUUUUGUUUUCCUUAUCAAACGAUCGACUUGAUGGCGAGAUAUUGGCUAGAAUUAAAUCUCGGGACGAUCGUCUUGUAUGUAUGUAUGUAUGCGUACGUAUCAAUUUUGAAACAUACAAUGAAUCGAUUCGAACGAUAGAAUUCAUUUUAAGGAAGAACGAAAUAGACGUUCCUAUAGUUAACGAACAAAAAUUGUUUCAUCGAUCGAUGAAAAAAAAAAAAGAAAAAAAACAAGAGAAAAGAAAGGAGAAAGAAAAUGUGCCAGUGAUUUUGGAAGUUAACGGGAAAGAUUUUAUCGAAUGAGAAAAAUUUUUUCGGAGACACGCAAUUAAAUUUUGCAGCGUAAUUUUUAUGAGAGAUAAAGAAAAGGAUUCUUAUUAUUAUCACUAUUAUUAUUACCAUUAUUAUUAUUACCAUUAUCAUUAUUACUAUCAAGAGCGAGGUCUAACAAUGAAAAAUAUUUUUACAGCAAAAUGUUCCGAGUUUUUGAGCUAAACAAAGACGAACGAACAGUGAAGAGCUUUCAAAAGGCGUCAUAUCUUUUUUAAAAAAGGACGUACAUACGAACAUGUUUUUCUAUCGCGUAGCUUUGCUAGAUAAACGGUCGGUCGUAUACGACACGAUCGGAGAGUGUGUAAUUGGAAGAAAUAGAUAAUUUAGCGAGACGCGUUUUCAAGUUUAGGCGAGACGCGUUUUCACGAGUUUAGAAAUCUUUUGUAAAAAUAAAAAAAAGAAGAGAACGAAGAUGAGAACACACGCUCCGAAUCGUCACGAGCUAUUUGUAACUUUUUCCGUGGCGUCGAGCUGAUUCUUAAUGGAUUGAUCUACGACUCGAAUACAUUGAUAAUAUUCGUGAACGUAGCUUGGACAUAUAGAAGCGACGCUGAUUUCACAAAGCGUUCGCAUAAUUUGCGUCGUUGAAUCGCUGGCGAAACUGGCGAAAGAAGAAGACGAAAAGAAAGGAAAAGAAAAUUAGGAAGAAAGAGCAACGACGAAAAGAAAGAGAGAAAGAGAAAUAUUAUUCUGCUUCUUUUUCCUGACAAAACGUUAUACACCGGUGCGAUUGUCCAUCGUAAAUUGAACGUAUGUAAAUUGUUCGAAACGCGAAACUUCCUAGGCGAAAUAGCGUUAAAAAUAUAAAUAGAAUCUAUAGCUCGACGAUACGCGUAUCUGAUUGUUCACAUCUCGGACGGAACGAAAAACGAGAGGAGUAUUAAAAGAAAAAACAGAGAGAGAGAGAGAGAGAGAGAUGUUAUUAAUUGCUAAGCUGAUAGAUAGUCGAGCUCAGGUAGGUUUCGUGAUUAAUAUCUCGUAGACAUGUCCGCCGAUUUACCAUCGGAUAUUCAAAUAGUCAAAUUCGAAAUAGAAUUAAUUUGUUAUCGUGCGGAGCGUUUGAGAAUUGUACUUGAGUAUUCAAGUCGAAUUGAUGACCUCGAUAGCAAAAGAAGAAGAGAAAAAAAAUAAAAGAAAGAAAGAAAGAAAGAAAAGAAAAAGAAAGAAGAAGUAUCGAGUUCUCUCUAUAUUGAAGAAUGAAGAUAAAUAAUUUACGCACCGUAAUUUUUUGUAACCAAUGAUAAAUAUACUCGAGUUACUUCAAAAGAUGCUCCGUGCUCUCGCAGUGAUAUUAUAUAAGAGAAAAUGUACGACAGCAAUGUUGUCUCUCUUUUGUACGACAUUCGAAAUUAUUUGAGAAUGUCGAUUACGGAAAUUCCUUCUUCCCAUUCUCGAGCGAUUGCAUUUUUCCAGCCUCGAGUAUAGCUGAAAUGUCGGAAGAUACAUUUGUAAAUAAAAAAGAAAGAAGGAAGCAAAAGAAAACGUAUACCGUAUCCGUUCAAUCGUGCUCGUACUUUUAUCGAUCUAUCGAUCUUUCCACGAAGUGUCUUAAGAAAAAUCUUUGUUGGAGCCUUCGACGAAUCUAACGAGCAUAUAAAGAAGAAUCUAAAUGCGCAUAAAGAAGAAUUUAAUGUGCUAAUACGUUGGAAGAUCUACAUUGGACGAUACCCGACACAUGUUCGUCGACUUUCUUAAAAAAAGAGGAAACGCAAAGUAACGAAACGUAAGAGAGAGAGAGAGAGAGAGAGUAAACAAUGCUGAAACAUAACAAUACAGAAAAUGGAUAGAUAUUCGAUAGUAAUCUCAAGAUUAGUAUAAUUUCGCGAGAAUAAUCUCGUUUUGCCAAGACGAGCACGUAAAACGGAACGUUUUGGAGUUAAGGGAAUUUCAAUUCGUAAAACAUAAUAGAAUAUUUUCGAUGGUAUAGCUUUUAAUGUAAGCGCUAAUGAAGUUGUCAUUUUUUAAAUGAAAAAAAAAAAAAUACAGGUGAGAAUGAGGAAAAAGAAAAAAAAGGGAACGUGGAGAAAACAAGAUCUUGUUUUUCUUUUUUCCGAAUGCGUCGAGCUCCAAUGUCUCUACGAAUUUGUUAAUCUAAGAAAAAAAAAAGAAAAAAAAAAGUAUCUGGGAACACGAAUAUUGAUAGGGAUGCUGAAAGAGAUAUAAAGAAAGGGAGUUAACACAUGUGUGUGUGGAUGUUUGUGAAAGUAAAAUUAAUUAAUGAAAGGCGUGUAUAUUCAUAAUUGGAAUACGAUUCGAAGAAUUUUCUUUUUUUCCUUACAAAACCGCGUUGAUGCAUACACACAUAUACAUAUUCGUAAAUAUAUAUAUAUAUUUAUAUUUAUAUAUGUAUAUAUAUAUAUUUAUAUAUGUGUAUAUAUGUAUAUAUAUAUAUAUAUAUAUAUGUAUUUACCUACACACCUAUGUACGAGCACAAACAUCACUCAUCAUGUGCCGAAUCUUGUAUUGUGUAUAUAUAUAUAUAUAUAUAUAUAUACACACACUCACACAUAUAAUACUAUAAUAUAUAUAUAUAUAUACAUACAUAUAUAUAUAUUAUAAAUAUAUAUAUAUAUAUAAUUAGCUAAUAAUACCAGAAACAACAGCUAUACAAUUUUUAUCGAUGAGGAUGCGUAUGUAUUGCGUGCAUUAGCGUGUGUGUAAAAGAGAGAGAGAGAGAGAGAGAGAAAUUCACGAGAAACGAACAAACCAGAACCAUUGUAGGCGUUAUAUCGUUACUCAGUUUCGUUACAAAAGAGCCAUAUCACGAAUCAAAGGAAAUUUUACUAUUGUAUGUACAUGUAUAGGUUUAUCUCGAUUGAAUAUGAAGAAAAUUGAUUUGGCUAUUUACUUGCUAUAUCAAAUCUUUAUAUAUAUAAUUAUAUUUAUAUAAAAUAUAAUAUAUAUACAUACACAGACACACAUUAAAAGCAUAUGUAUAUUUUACUUGUUAUGACUCUGACUAUUAUCGCAGUUAGUAUAUCUCGUUAUUAUUGUAUAUUACCAUUAUUACGAUUAAUUAUUACCAUUAUUAUUGAUUAUUAUGAUUAUUAAUUACCACUACCACCAACAAAAUCAUUAUCAUCAUCAUCGUGUAAAAGGCGACGGUGGCGAGUAUAAUUAAAAAGAAAAUUUUGGUACCUCUAGACGAAGUAAAAAAAAGAGAUAGAAGAAAAAAAACAAAUAAACGAAUGAAAAAAAAAGAGACAGAACGGGAAUAAAAAUAACGAAACAUAAAAUGCGAAUCGGACCGAAUGGUCCACUGACAAUUGUUGAUUUGCAAGAGCAGUGAUUCAAUAAACUUGUAUCAUGACUGA